ACCACCUCAAGUCUAUUAUGAUCUGAAAUAUCCUGAAAAUGUUAUUGAAGAAGUUCGACUCUCCUCAUUACAGUUGGAGGCGGUUGUAUACGCCUGUCAACAGCACAUGAAUACACUUGCUGAUGGAUCCAGAGCAGGAUUUCUCAUUGGUGAUGGUGCAGGAGUUGGGAAAGGGCGAACUGUAGCUGGAAUUAUUUAUCAGAAUUAUAUAGAAGGAAGAAAGAAGUCUCUAUGGCUGAGUGUGUCAAAUGAUCUGAAAUAUGAUGCUAUCAGAGAUUUGCAUGAUGUUGGCGCAAAGAAAAUUAGUGUUUUUGCUCUAAAUAAGUUUUGCUACGGGAAAAUCAGCGGAAAACGAAACGGUCGUGUAAAGAAAGGAGUUAUAUUUGCAACCUAUUCAUCACUUAUAGGAGAAAGUACAAGUGGAGGAAAAUAUCGAACACGAUUUACUCAACUAUUACAUUGGCUGGGACCUCAGUUUGAUGGAGUUAUCGUGUUUGACGAAUGCCAUAAAGCAAAGAAUUUGGUUCCCUCCGGUGCUAGUAAACCUAGUAAAACUGGUAUCACUGUAUUGCAGCUUCAAAAGAGACUACCCAAGGCUAGGAUUGUUUAUUGCAGUGCAACAGGUUAAGUCUGUGUGAUGCUAUUUUUUUAA